AGGUUUUGACCGGUGAGCUGCAGAGCAGAAAGUGAGGACAGAAGAAACUUCAGGUUGUGCAGGAGGCUGUCUGGCCCCAUGUCUGCCCCUGCUCCAGCCAAUCGGAGGUCUGCGUCGGGCUCUCGUCGAUUCAACCCUCUGAAGGUGCUGCAGCCCAAACGCCGCUUGCAGCAAAUACUGGCGUCCUCGCCCGUGCCGGUGUCCAAGCCGGUGCCGGUGUCGGGGUCGGGGGCGACUGCGCCAGCGGCCACAGCGCCGGUGGCCAUUCCUGUGCCCGCCCCCCCUGCGUUUGACUAUUGCAGGUUCAUAGAGCUAGACUACGUUCCCAUGGAGACAGGCUAUAUGGUCUCAAUGCGCCCGACUAAAGGCUAUGCAUCAACCAAGUCGCCGACUAAAGGAUACGCUUCCACCAAGUCUCCGGAUCGCCACAGCCGCUCCGCAAACUCCCCUUCCUCCACCCCUCGUUCUCGGCGGACACCGGCAGCGCCUAGUAAUAGAGAUCCCUAUGGCAACGCCUCCCUCAGCAGCAGCAGCAACUCAGGCUCUUGUAAAGGCAGCGACUGCAGCCCCACCAAAGGACGUCACCAGAAGUACACGUCAUGUACAGACAACCAUGGUAUUCGACCCCCUCCACCAGAGCAGUACCUCACACCCCUGCAGCAGAAGGAGGUGUGUAUCCGCCACCUGCGGGCCAGGCUAAAAGAAACCAUCACCACACUGCAAGACAGGGACACAGAGAUAGAUGAGCUGAGAGGCCAGCUCUACAGGAUGCAGGAGGACUGGGUCGAGGAGGAGUGUCACCGUGUGGAGGCUCAGCUGGCCCUGAAGGAGGCGCGUCAGGAGAUCCAGCAGCUCAAACAGGCUGUGGACACUGUCCGUGCCAGGCUCAGUGAUGCCGGAGGACUCAGUGGGGACGCAGGGGUCCAGAAGUACUUCCAGGACAUCAACACUCAGAACCACAAGCUCGAGAACCUUUUGCUCAGUAUGGAGUUAGCCCAGGCUGGAUUAGCCAAAGAGGGGGGAGCCAUACCAGGCUGUCGCACCCGUGUUGGGGGUUCAGCACCAGCGUCAGUAUCAGGGGGCAGUCCAGGGGGAAUACCCAAACCGGCAAUAGGGGGGAGGGGGUCUUGCUCCUGCGAUGCUUCCCCAGCUCGUUCUCUGACCCGGAGCUCCACCUACACUAAGCUCACCGAUCAGGCGUUGGCAGACCAGAAUGGCAACGGGCAGGACUUUCCUUGUCUGUCAGGUGACGGCACCCAGGACAGCGGCUUUGUGUGCUGCGGGGAGAGCAGCGUCCCCAGCCGGGCUGACCUGCUGCUGGAGGCCGCCUUCCUCUCCGAGGAGACUGCAUCUUUACUCAACUCCUACACACAGACCUUCUCCCAGUCUCUGCCCCAGUCCCUGCCCCAGUCCCUGCCCCACUCUCUGCCCAGCUCUCUGCCUCACUCCUUCUCUCACACCUUACCUCAUUCUUUCCCUCACAAUCUGUCCCACUCUGUGCCCCACACUAUGCCACACUCCUCCACCUAUGAGAAGCUGUGCACAGGCGAGCGGCUGGCUCCCUUUCGCUGCGGCCUGGGUGGAGUGAGCUGUAUGAGCCACCCCUGCCUGUCCCACCACCACCUGUACCUGCAUCCCCUGCGGGAGACGGGUAUUCAGACUGAAAGCUGCCCCAUCCCUGCUACGGCAGGUUACCCCUCCGAUCUGGAUACCAUUGCAGAGCAACGCACUUUCCGCUCCCAGGCCUGCAGCCCCACCUCCACCUGGAUGUCUGAUGAAGGGGAGGAAGAGUUGGACUCCAUCACCACCACAACUUCGGUAACCACAGCAACAGUUAUGAGUACGGCCACAGAGCCAAUCCCACUCUCCAAAACGCCGGUUGUCCCUCCUUUACCACGUUCUGCUACUAUGGCGUGUUGCAUGGACAGUCCUCUGAGUGAGGUGAUGGAGGGAGUGGAAGAAGAGGAGGAGAAGCAGGAGAAGGAAAACAGAGAGAAGGAGGCUGAUGCAACAGAGAAGCAAGAUGAAACAACAGUGAUGAGGCCGGAGGAUGGAGGGCAGCAGGAGCAGACGGGCUCAGUGGCAGGAAAUGAGGUGGAAGGUCAGGGUGCAGAGGAGGAGGCGACGCCAGGAGAACUAUGCGACUUGGAAGAAACACCAGCAGGGAUGCAGGGUGAGCUUAAGUUUGGAGGAUGCUGUGGAGAAAGCAGGCAGAGUGGGACAACACGGAAAAACCUCAGCAUGGAGGAAGUUGGUCUGUCAGCAGGAUCACCACAGGCGGAGACCGGAGGGUUGAGUCCGAGUCGUCCAGGAUUAUCACCAGGUGUAGACCAACCUCAUACUUCCCAGCCCAGGAGAGCUACGUCCCACGAGGAGAUCGCUGGCCUCACUGUAGUGGAGGUGCACGAUGAGGACGAUGAUGAAGAUGAAACUAAAGAACAAGGCGCUGCAGGGGGCGCUGCAGAAGAGGAGGGGGAUUCGUCUGAAUCUGGGACAAUUCAGAAAAGCUACUGGAGUCGUCACUUCCUGGUUGAUCUGUUGGCAGUGGCCAUCCCCGUGGUGCCAACAGUGGCGUGGCUGUGCCGCGGUCCGGUCCGUGACGGACAGCCCAUGUAUCAUAUAGGGUCGCUGCUGCGAGGCUGUUGCACUGUGGCACUGCACUCGCUGCGCAGGGGAGGGGGAUUGAGGCAUUACCCCGCAGGCGGGGGAGACCUGGGCGGAUCGCAGAUAUAAGAGGAGAAGCUGUUCACUCCUCCUCCUGUGUGGCUCUGAUGGAAAUAACUGUAAUAUGAGGAAGGGAAAGAACUUCCUGUCCUUUAGCUGAGGGAGCAUCAGGAACAGGAAGUGUGCAUUCAUGACUAAGAUCUCUGACCUAUAAACUGUUGUGUUUGGUCCUGCUCUUUAUUGUCUCUCACCCUCGGGUUCCUGCUGUUGCUACCAAGAUGUCUGCUAAUCCUAUUGACUUGUGCAAAACUGAUUGAGCUGACUGAUGAAUGAGUGAUCAAUGCCCGGAUGUUUGAUGCUGAUUGUUUUGUUUUUAAGUGCAGGGAAAAUGUUAAAGAUUCAUUGAACUGUCAACCUACUGGUCUGACUCCGCUCUGGCAUUAAAACGAUCACGUGUUAAUGAGCGUGUACGUGAGACGCGGUACGUGUAUGUAUACAGCGUAUGUAUGUGUAUGUGAACAUGUACAACCAAACGGUCUCGUCCACACUAGACGAGCCACACUCAUUAACCACUGAGGGAAAAUCCACCCUAAAUCAAAAUUCACACGUUUCCUGUCGCUGCAGAAAGUCUCGGCUUCUCUUUGAGUCUUUGAGAACGUGGAGCUUGUCUAGUGUCAAGAGACGACAACAUAGACACAGAACUCAGGUUGAAUCAAAGGCCAGAAACACAGCGAACCUCACAAGGCUGCAACAACCAUUGAUAUUUCCCAUAUUCAGCUGUUGGAGUCAAGCUGUGAAGCCAAACGCAGCCGCUGUACAGAUAAAGUCCAAUUUCAACACCAGAUUCGACGCCUCCUAGUUGUUUAUGAAUCUGAGCGAUCUCUGGUCGAGGAGAUCGAUUGUCAUUUGAUGCUUAGUUUAGGGGGGGUCACGAUGCCAUGAAGUGGACAUUCAGACUGAAUGCAUUGCAACAAAAGAAAGGUUGUUUCAGAUACCAGUAAGACAGAAAAUACGAUCCAGGAAAUCCAGUUUGAGUAACAGAUCCAUGAGUGCGAGGCUGAUCAGACACCGAACGCGUGCACAGUUUAUAACACUUUACAGCUCUGAUCAAAACAGCAGUUAUUUGAUCUUUUGUCGCAGCGAUUGCAAGUUAAACAGUGCAAACACAGCGUUCUUGUUACUAAAUAAUUUACCAGAAAUGUGUGUUUGCAUGUAUGUGAUGAGCACCUGGCUGGAUGAUGUCACACUCUUUCCAUAGCCCUGUGCAUUGGCACCAUGGCUGCAAGGUUAUUCAUUGGGUUUCACUCCAGUGAACAAGGUUCACUGUGUUUUUCCAGCGACCUCAGUGUUCAGAUGGAUUUCUGACAUGUCAUAAAUUUUGUCUUGCAACUCGAGCAGUUUCCCAUAUUCCUAUAAGGCUUAUGUUGAACUAUCCUUUAUAAACUGCAGUGAGCUUGUACGAGCCUGAGCCACCAGGCAGUUAGCUUAGCUUAGCAUGCAGACUGCAGGAAGGGAGACACGGCUAGCCUAGCUUUGUCCAAGGGUAAACACUAAAAAAAAAACAAAAAAAACGAUCAUUUAAUAAUUGAAGUCUUGCCUGUUUAAUGCAAAGGUGCUGGUCAGCAAUUAUAAGUAAGUAAAUAAGCACAUUUCCCAAAACCUUUCCUUUAUUGUUUUAUUGUAAUUAGUUUCUACAUGUUGUUAUUGAAUAAAGAGUCUUGACUAUAAAACAGAACAACCAGGAUAAAAAAUUAUUUACUUCAAUCUAGGAAUUGAAUAACUGUCUUGGUUUUUUUUUACUGGCCAAAGAGUUGAUAGGAAAACAAAAACUCUGUGAUUUCCUUUUAAAUUCCACUCUCCCGAGGGAUGCAUGAAUCUGCUGUUCCGUUCUUCAAAGGGGAUGUUGCAAUAUAAUAUUAACUUCUCAAAGAAGAUGAAUGGGAGCUGACUGUGUUCAGUGUGUCUCUGCUUUGAGAGCAGAUGAUGCGGAAAUCAAACAAAAGCUCAGACUCAAUAUGAAUGAAUCCACAAAGUAGGUCCUCAGUUUAUUAUUGGCAGUAAAUCAACAAACAUUAAUGCCAUUUAUUUUAUGACUGUAACCAAACCUCAUAGUGUGUUUUUCUCAGUGCACAGCACCCCUCUGGGUUUUGCUGUGCAGACACAGCCGCCUUCACUGGUUCUCUCAACCAUUAAAGGAGCAGUUCCACAUUUUGGGAAAUAUGCACAUUUGCUUUCUUGCACAUAGUUCGAUGAUUGAUAUCACUGUAGUAGCAGGUGGUUAGCUUAGCUUAGCAUAAAGACUGGCGGCAGGGGGAAGCAGCUAGCCUGGCUCAGCUCUAAAACUCUCUAGUUAAUACAAUAUAUCCUGUUUUGUUUAAUCCGUACAAAAACCUAAAUGAUAAGUUUUACAGGAAGUUGCGUGCUGGAACUAUUUUGUUUGUUCUUUGCUCUUCAGGCAUCAACAUGGACAUUAUGUUUUAGGGUGGAAUUUCAUAUGUCUGGUCCUUGUACCCUGAACCUCAGAGCAAACUCAGCUGAACUACUGAAUGACUGAAAACAACUGAUCUCAAUUUGGGUUGCUUUCAUUUCACAUAACACACAGACGAUCUUUUCAAGUCAUCAGAUGGAAAGUCACAUAAUGACCAGACACUUGUUUGUAGAUACUCACUGGCUCAGUUUGACACUCUGUUGUAGAUCUGGAUGAAGUGAGUUGUGCUCAGUCUGUGCUCUGUGCUGUAUAUUUCUGCUAACUAUAAUGCUCUUGUGGUGUAGUUUAACUGUCACUCUGGUAGUGUGUAUUUCAAGUCCACUGUGCAAGAGUUAGUCACUGCAGAUGAAUUAACUUUAUUUGUUUAACUCUGCAAAGCAUCUCUAGACGCGGAAGACUACCUUACACGGCAGUAAUGUAAAUCAAUAAGGUAACUGUCUGGGUUGUGAUCUAAUUUAGGAUCAGGGUGUUUUCUUUGUAUGAAUGUGUGUAUCGCGAGAGGACUUUGAUGAAAGUGACACAUCAAUUUGCUGAUCUUGUGCAGAAUUUUAACUUUGUGUGUAUAAGGGCAAAUGAGCAGCCUGCAACUGUAAAAUCUAAAUUCGUCUGACUGUGAGAGACUCAAUAGAAAGUCGUGAAUCGAGGCACACCUGGACACAACCUGCAAAAACAGUAAAUGGACACCAAAAAGAAAAAUAGACACCAACUGAACUGUUUAAAUCUUCAGUGAAAAAAUAAUCAGCAUGAAUCAUGUUUUUGUUUUGUUUUGGGGUUUUUUACUAUUUGGUUUGACAUAUUUUGCACUAUUGUUCACUUUAUGAAUUUUAAGCAAUUACUUGAAGCUGAGAUUGUAUUGGUUUCCAAAGUGUGUGUGUCCACUGAGUUCUGACCGAUUGUUCUGAUCAAGUUUGACAAAGCGCUGAUGAUGUUUAAGGCGAAAAUGAAGCAGGUAAAGUGUAACUGAGAUAAUGCGGACAUUUCAGGUAGAUCUUUAAAAAUACUCCUAUAAUACAUGUCAUUAUUUCAUCCAUGAUAAGAGCCAUUGAUCUCAGCUCUUUACAUUUGUAUCUACAGGCCAUACAAACCCUGCAAAUUAAUGGACAUUUAAAGUCUAAGUGCUGUUGUAAAGUCACACACUGGUAGAGAAUGAGCAGCUUCUUUAUCAGUGACAAUCAUGAGAAUCCCUGUCUGUGUUUUCAUGUCAUCGAUCUGAACGCAGCAGCCACUGAGAUCCAUGACAAGAUUUCCUGAAUGCCUUAGAGACACACAGGACUGCCUCUUCUCCACCUAACACUUCCCCACACAUUUCAUCCAUAACCUUACUCGUUAUCAUGAGCUGUGCACGAGUUGUGUUGCCAUCUCCUGACCGUGUGAGACGCUCGGCUGAAGUGGAUUAGGAAGCUAAAACAAUUUCACGUUUUACAAAAAAAAAGCCAUAUAAUUAAUCCUGUGAGGGAACAGGUGUGAGAAUGUGGGAGGCGGCCUCCUUCUCUCGAUAUUAAUGUGUUGUGUAACAAAAUCUGAUGAACGUCAUGAGAAUGAUUACUACUGUACAUCUGCUGUCACUGAACACAGGCCGUUGUAACAGAAACGGGGUGUUAGAGGGAAAACAAAGGGGUAGAUCCAGUGAACUGACGCUGGACUACGAGGUUCAGGUUCAGGAGUUCAGGUUUGUAGUGGGUAGCAGUAAUCAUCUCAACCCCCCUUAAUUUACCUCUAUGCACCAAAGUCUAUACUUCAGCUGCAUUAUGUGUCAUGUAUGUUAAGUUUAUCUUAUUAAAGCAUUUAUUGUGAAGUCGUGUACCGAUUAAGAAAAUAUUGAAUCGUUAUCGUGUUACGAAGCCCCCAAAGUCCCUAAAGAUUAUAUUUUUUCAUCUUGUGCACAUGGGAUAUGGAUCUUGGAUCUGUAAUGGGUUUUAUACUUAUUUAUUUUUUAUUUAUCUAUUUGAUUUAUAAAUGCUUUCAACGUAAAUGUCACCAUUUGACCAGAUUAUAGCUCCUAGAUAAUUUACAUCUGCAGUCAUAUCAGGAAAAAAAAUACAAUGACAUAUGAGUAAUUAUUCUUUUUUGCCCAAGAUGCAAUUAGUGUGCAUGAGAUCCAGAUCUUGUGCACACAAGAUAAUGAACGAUAUGUAUGUAUUAAAGAAUAAUACAUCUUGUCACAAGUUAAAGGUCCAAUAUUGUACUGUUUUCCACUGUUUCAUUUUAAGUGUUGAUAUCCAUAAGAAGAUGUAUUUGUGUUGUUAAGUACCAAAAACCAUCUCAAUGUAAUUUCUCAGGCUUCUCUCUGGAGCUCGACAACAGGCUCUGAGCCUCUCUUCUGAUUGGCUGACUGUUUUCUGAGUGGUCGAAUAAAUAUAUAGCAGAUUUCAGGUAAAACACUUUUCAAUUGCAAAAUGACUUUUUUUUUUUUCUCUUUUUUUGCAACAGUAAAUACAUCUUUCCUUUAUAUUGGGGCUUUGGGGACUUUGUAUUUAAUAGCUUAUCGUCUUUUGCUUUAAUAUGUUUGACGAGAUUCUAACAACGUUUAGACAGACCUGUGUUGAACCUGUAUGUCUUCGCUAACUGGUCCUAAUAGGGUUUGGUGAUAACAGUCACAUCAUUAAUCCUUGGGGUAACUUUGUCCUCUAUGUUUUGCUGUUUAAUAGGCAACAUUUAGACAUUGUGGCCUGCAGUGUUCUUGUUUUGGAUCCUGACAGUGCAGUAAUUUCCCUUGUUAAAUGUUUGAGUCCCAGCAGAGGCUUCAGACUCAUCAGGCUGUGAUUGAUUUAUCCAUUAAAAGUUUGAUUCAACUUUCCUCCAGUCAAUCUUUAACAUAGAGCACUUUAUCAAGUUUUAUUGCAAAGCCAAGGAGGCCAUUAACCUGAUUGUCCUGAAAGAAUGUCUACAGUGAGCCUGUGUUUUCUGUUUCUGUCCCAAAAUACACCUAAACUUCCUGCUGCUGCGUGAGGUUGUGUCAGUGUACAGUAUGUGACGGUGACUGAUUGAUUAUAUACUGCGUAUAUCCUUAGACAAACAUGAUGCUGAAUAUUUUUUGGGGGAUGACAGGAGGAGGUGGGGGGUGUUUGGCUUUCUUUUUUUUUGUCAAUAUUUGAAUGUGUAACGUCAUUUUAUGCUUUAAUCCUUGUCUGAUUGUCUGCGUAUGUGCUCCAUACACUAUGUAAUGAUAAUUAAUAUAUACAGAGGUUAUAACGAGUCUUUAACAUCCUACCAUUAAGGACAUUCAAUGCCUUGUAUAGUAAUCCAGCUGACGUCAUUAAUAUCUACAGAUAACGUAUUGUAAAUGAACUAUUUUAAUGGCAAUAGUAGUGUGUACAGUAAAACACAUCAGUAGACGACAUCUCCAUUCACACUCCCACCACACUGUAUAAAGAAAGACCAAAAGCCCCUAUAUUAAACAGCAUGGAGGAAACGUG